CAUAUAAUAGUCACCAGUAAUCUUUGGGAAAAAAUUAUGCUAUAUUAACCUUUUAAGUUAAUGUUCUCUUCUUUUUAAAAGGAAAAAUUUUAAGACAUGAAUUUUAAUGUCUGGAAUAUCAAAGAGAUGCUCAGUAUUCCCUCAGGCACUGGGACCACUAAGUCAUCUAACUGGAAUAAUAAUCAGACUGAUUACUCCAGUCUCAGUGAUUCCCAGUUCCUUUUUGGAUCCCAGUUCUGUCCAGAAAGUUCAGAGACCCUGUCAACACCCUUGGACUGUGGUGUCAACUUGAGACAUCCGAAACAGUCACAACAAAAUUCUCUGGAUAGUGAACCUAGUAUUUUCACAAAGUACCAAACAAAACCCCAGCUGUUUGGAGGAGAUUCAAAAGAUGGAGACUUAUUUCCUCUUCCUUUGUCAGUUGGAAAAUCAAAAGGCCUCCUGGAACAGUUUGAGGAGAAAAAGAAAAGUGCAAAAGACAAAUGUGACAGUGAGACUCUAUACAACUUCAUUUCCCAUAUCAGAGAAGGCAUUCACAGGUUACAGACAUCUGUGGAAAAAUCUGAGGAACAUCUCAGUUCAAGAAGCCAAUCUAUUUUGGAUUCUUUGGAGACUGUGGCCAAGACAAUGCAGGAGACCACGCAGGCCCAGAGUGACCUGGUGUUGCAAACAGUGCAGGACAAGGGCAACAUGGAGCAGCAGGCCAUUCUUGAGCUGCAAAAGAGGUUUGAAGCUAAACAAGCAGAGUUUAUAGAAAUGAAGUCCAACCUGCAGCGCCUUGAAGCUUUAGUUGCCCAGCAGAGUAAGGACUUCCAGCAGCUGUGUGAGCAGCUAAGCCAGCUGAAUAUGCCCAGUGUCCUAGCAGAGCUAAAGAGGCUGAUCUCCGUCCCUCAGAGACCCCGGCAUGUGAAAGACAGCACUUCCCAGACCUCCCCACCUCUGGCUCAGAGCCUCAGUUUCACCAGGCAGGACAAAUAUGCCUCUAAGGAACCAGUUACAUGGCAGGCCCAGGCCCUCCCUGCUGCAAGCAACCUUAGUGUGGGCUCCCCGAGGCCGGGGGAAUUUGGUGUCUGGGGUGAGGGAACACAGAGUGAUGCUCUCCAAGAAGAGGCUGCACGGCCGGCACUUGGAACUGGCAAACAAAACAGGCAAAUAAAGGACAAGGCAGUGCAGACUAACUGCCAGAAUUGGGCUAUUGCUAAAACAGGCUCCGAGAACCAAGGCUCUGGCAUCCUGAGCCACACAGUUCCUGGUGACAGGGACCUGGUUUCCCAAGGAGCCUCGCAGCUUAUAUUCCUGGACUUGAACAAUUUUGCAGCCAACAUUAAGAACACCUGCCAGAAAUGUCAAGCCAAAGGCAUGUUUUCUUGUGACCCUUGUGAACAAAUAAUGGUGACUGAACAGAAAGGCAGAACUGUAGAAAGAGGGAGGAGAGGCAAGAAGCAGCAGCCCAGGAAAGCCCCCAGAGGCAGGCGCCUAGCCAGGAAGCAAGAACAAACCCCCAGCAAAACCUGUGCUUCCAAUUCUAAAUAUUCUCAGCCUCCAGUUUCUGACCCACAGAGGCCCCUCCCUGGGCAGCAGGAACCCCUUACUCAGCCUCUGCAUCUUCAGGGCCUCCGGAGCCCCACAAAGCCAGUCUGUCCUGCUCUGGGAGGAAGAGUCAUGCCCAGUAAGACAGCAAGGGCAGUGCCAGGGAACCUCUUGCAGCUCAGCGGGCACUCUUCCCAAGACAACAGUUUGCUUUCUCACAGUUCCCAGGGGGACCACCAGAUAAGCUGGUUCAGCGACCUCAGCCUCAGAAAAGAGCCCCCUCUCUGGAAGGAGCCAGGGAAGAACAUGCUCUAUGACCUGGGUUUUGAUAGCAGCGAUGAUGGCUUCUGACCAGCCCGUAGUGACUUCAGCUGAUGACUUAUUGGUCUCAGCUAGAAAAAUACCCCAGAACACUUUGGAAAGUCCCUGAAGCCUGCCUGGGACUCUCAGGGUCAGAGGCUGUGCUUGUGGGUGGGCAAUGCAGAGAUGGGGAGCAGAUCUGGCAUUCUGGGUGCCAGGUGCUGCCCAUGACAGCGCAUAUGGGAUAAAUGCAUCUUUAUUAAUGGGAAUAAAACAUGGAAGAUGGUGGUGGUGAGAGCUGGGGCAACAGCCCGGGUGUGGGGCAUCGGGAGAGGGUGCCGCCUUUGGUAGGAGGACUGCCUUCCCUAUCGAAUAUCCAGCAGCAGAAGGGCUCUCACAAAGCUGUUGCUGUGGCAGCUUGACUCCCAAACACAACAUUUUUGGACUUCAAAACAUUUCCUUCACAUGACCAAUAUCUUUCCGGGCCUCAGGACUUAAAAAAAAUAUAUUAUAUAAAAAUUGUUAUUUUUGCUGCCACAGCAUGUGCAUUUUUUGGUCAAUGGACAUAUUAUAGGACAUAUUAAGUCAGAAUUCUUGUGAAUAGAGAAAUAGUGUUAAAGCUGCCAGUAUAAGAGAGGUGACCUGAAUCAAACAAUGCCCAGAGCAGCACUCUUUACAGCCACACAGUUCGAUUUCUCUUCCUGGCUGUUUUCCCCUGUCCUGUUUUCAACCACUCUUUCAAACCUAAUGAGGGCAGCUGUGGGCCCUGUAUCAUUUCUGGAGAGCAGUGGGCUUAUAUGAGACUUGGGCUUUCCAUUUAUAGCUUGCUAAAGUUUUUGAAUUUUUGCAAUAUAUAUUUCUUUUGUAAUAUAAAAUAAAUCAAAAAAUAAAGAUAAAAUGUUUAAAAUCAUAUAUGCUUUUUCUUUUAAGUUGAUUGAUCUCCCAUCCAUUUACUCAAGGAGAUCAAAUAGAUAAGAUGCUUACUAUCUUUUUAUUCCCUACACUUUUUUUCCCUACACUUCUAACAAGAUGAUUUUGAAUAAACCACACCCUACUCAAACUGAUUUUUUUGUUUUCUUCUUUUUCUUAUGAAAGUAAAAAUCCUCAUGGAUAGACAGCUUCCAGAAUUUGCCCUUUUACAAGCCUCUACAGUAAAUGACACUGGGGCCUCUGAGUGGACCAUUAUAAAAAGUAGUGGUUCUUGAUUUCUUAUUUUUAUAUUCUUUAUUUUCAGGGGUAUGUAUCCCACAAAAAUCUGGGAGAGUUUAAUUUGCCUGCAAGAACUUUGGCAGGGGUACCAGGCACCAGCAUAAGUGGUUUUCAC